AUGUUGACCAAUCUCGGCCUGCAGCAGAACUUCCAAGUGGGUUCUGACUAUCGCGAUCUCUAUAUCUCAUCAGACUCGCCUAAGCAGAUUCUUGGUAUCUCUGAGGGCAAAUAUGCGCCAUCGCAGGUCUCCGCCUCGGCACCAGACGAGCCCGUCCUGCUCAACACCGCUACGGCCUUCCUCCAGGGCCUGUAUCCCCCACUGGACAGUUUUUAUCGCUCAAUAGCUUCACAGACUCUCAAUAAUGGUACCGAAUAUACUAAUCCUCUCCAUGGGUACCAAUACAUCGUCCUCCAUGGCGAAGAAGAGGAGAGCCCCGAUACCAUUUGGAUAAAGGGCGAUGACGAAUGUCCUGCCCUAACUAAAGCUGUUGACACCUUCCCGGGCAGCACUGUAUACCAGGAGAGACUUGAAAGCACUAGAUCCUUCUACCAUGGAUUCUGGCCUAUUCUCAAGAACGUCUAUGACCUCACCGAGGAUGAUAUGUCCUAUGAUAACGCUUUCACCAUCUUUGACCUCAUCAAUGUCGGAUCCAUCCAUAAUACCUCCAUGAAGGAUGCUGUCACAUCCGAUCAACUCUUCCAACUGCGCACUCUUGCCGACAGUUAUGAGUUCGACGCCAACUACAACGCCUCACAGCCCGAUCGCUCCAUCGGCGCCAAAACCGUCAACCACGCCAUCCUUUCCCACCUUAAUGAGACCGUCACAUCCAAGGGAGGCGUCAAGUUCUCUGUCCUGGCUGGAAGUUACGAUACUAUGCUGGCGUUCUUCGGUCUGAACCAGCUCACGGCUGCGUCGCCUAAUUUCUACGGUCUGCCGGGCUAUGCUUCCACGAUGGCAUUUGAAAUCCUCACGGAGGAUGAUGUUUCUGAGUUCCCUUCCGAUACUGACUCUCUGAUGGUCCGGUUCUUGUUCCGCAAUGGCUCUGACGCGGGUGCUCCGCUGACCCCCUUCCCCAUGUUUGGUGGAUCAGAGAUGACCCUUUCUUGGUCCGACUUCAAGGCUGAGAUGCAGAGUCGUUCGAUCUCGACUGUUGCUGGUUGGUGUGACACUUGUAGAAGCACUCAGAAUUUCUGUCUGACCGCUACUGGAGGCGAUAUCACGUCUGCUAAGGGAGUGACUGAGACCCAGAGCAAGCAUGGAAUGUCGAAAGCUGUUGCCGGUGUAAUCGGUGCUUUAGUUACCCUUGGUAUUGUGUGCAUCGUGGCAGCUGUGGCUUUCAUCCUUAGAAAGAGAACUUGUGCUGUCCCUGUGGUUACAGGUCCCAGUGCAGUGGAAAAGGGUAGCGCAAGUAGUAGCAUCAGAGACUAA